UCUAAAGUGCGGCUUAAAAUUGAUAUGGAUAAUCUGUUUCAGCGAGAAUUUUCCCAAAAACUUAUGCUCAUUAAAGAUGAUAUCAAGAACGCUAAUUUGAUUGUGGAUUUGUUAGACUUAAAAGAUAUCGAGGAUGGAAACAUUCCAAUUUAUAUAAAUGGAAUAUUUGAAGUUUUAAAACACCUAUUAAAAACUCAAUUUGAUAAUAUUAAAACUAAUAAUACAGAUAUUGGCGAAAAAUUUACAUCUUGGAUUACAACACGUUAUCUGGAAUUUAUAAAUGUUAUAAUAAAUCUAAUUCCUAAAAAUAAUUAUAAACAAUUGAAUAUGAUCUUUAGAGUAGUAUUUGAUGUACAUUUUAUUGAAAAUCAAUACAACAUUAUAUUUAAAAAGAAUAUUAAUAAAGGCAAAAUAUUAUAUGAAAUUUUAAAAAGCCUUUUGAGUAUGAACUCCUCAGAAUUCAGGGAGGAAGUUAUACCACAGAUAAAAUAUUUUUUACAAUAUGCUGAUAUAAGAUAUCACAUUUUAAAGUCAACAUUGAAUAUAAUAUCAUCUGCAGAUAAUACAGACACUAUAUUGAAAACUAAGAAACAUUUUGUUUUAAAUAUGUAUUCACUUUUGAUAGUUAUAACUUCCUUAAGUCAAAAGUAUAAUAAUAAAGGUACCAAGUUGUAUCACAUUGUUUCUCCACUUUAUUUUAAUAAAGAAGAUACUGAAAUCAUAAAUGUUAAUGUUGAAAUAGAGGUUCUUAAUGUAAAUCUCCCCUUUACAGGCAUUGAUGAAAAUGAAAAUGUAUUGGAUAUUAAAAGAAAAAAUGGAAUUACAGUUGGUUGUUAUAAACAAUUAUUGUCAAAAAUUUGGUUAAAAUAUCUAGAAAAUUGCCAGCUUGAUGUAAAAAUAUAUACAAAGCUCCUACGAAUAUUAGACACUAAAAUAGUGCCAUUUAUUGAAAAACCAUUGCUCCUCUCUGAUUUUUUGAUGCGUUCUUUUGAUUCAAAUAUCGUGAUGGUACAUUCGAGCCAAAUACCUAUCUCCUGUCUUAAUAGUAUUUUUCUCCUGAUGCAGCAAUGUGGAUUAGAAUACCCUGAUUUUUACGGCAAAUUAUAUUCAUUACUCACAGCUGAUACCAUGCAUUUAACGGAUUCUGAUUUACUAUAUCGUCGUAAAUUUUUCCAAUCCCUAGAUAUGUUCCUUAAUUCAACGCAUAUACCCAGCUACAUAAUAUGCGCAUUCGUCAAGAAACUUUGUCGCCUCCUGGUCACUUGCGGACUUAGCUCUUCCCUCGUAUGCCUUAGUUUGGGUCUCAUCAAAAAUUUACUGUCGCGACAUCCGGAAUGCCAGAAAAAAAUGUUUAUGGAUCACUUUAGCGACACUACUAAAAAUUUAAUCGAGGCCAAAAAUAUUGAUUUAUUGGAUACGUUUCUUGUCGAAGAAGCAAGAAUUUUAAAUCAAAACAAUUCUACCGAAUAUCCUCUCUGGGAAUUAUCUACCCUGACUUGUCAUCAUUCUGCCACUGUUAGACGAUUAGCCAACAAUUUAAUGCAACAAUUAUGUAAAUCGAAGAUUGAUUCGAGUAUGAAUGAGUUGAAAGAGGUGGAUUUAGAAGUUUACUUUGAAACUAACGAUUAUCAAAUAUACAAAAACGAUAUCUUAUUGUCAAAAAAUCCUGUGAAAACGAUUUAAUAUAGUAUGAAGUGAUGUAAAUUUGUUUUUAAUGGGAAUACGAAAUUAUGAAAACUUUCUCUUGUAUAUAAAAAUGUUUUUGAAUAGAUAUUAGCUAAUUAUUAUACAUUUUAGUUGAAUACUAUUUUAUUAUUAUUAAAUUUAUAAAAUGCAACAUACAACAACGGGGAAGUAUAAUAAA